UUACAUGUCAGUUAUAAUGCAAAGCUGGGUACAGGCCAACCAGAAAGACACACCCCCUUCAACAAAACAGUUAGCAGACCCUCCUGACUGGGGAUAGUGUGAGGUUUGCAUUUGCUGCUGGUUCAUUCAUGGGCACACACACACACACACACACAGAAGUUCACACACUUCCUCCAGGACGGGAUAUAUGACUCUGCAGGGGCCUUUGCUUGAGAUGGAUGCUUAGAUUGACCUGGCAAUGGAGCCAUUGAGAGUGCUGUUCUGGGGUCAUGAGUUGUGUCUUCUCUUCUCUUCUGUGUAACUUGCUCACCUGGACCUCAGCACCCCCCUCCUCACCUAUGCCUGCAGGACCAUGGGCAGUGUCAGCAGCCUCGUGAGCGGAAACGACCUCAACAGCAGACACUGCAAGGAGUCUGAACAUCAGUUAAAAAAGGGAGCACAUCCUCAAAGAAGGAGCGGAGGUUGCAGCCUAGACGACUUACUGAAGUGUGGCUUCACUCAGGGCCCCACCCACCCCUCCAGAGGCCUGUCCCACUCGCGCUCAGGACGAAGUGAAGACUUUUUUUACAUCAAGGUGAGCCAUAAACCCAGGUCAGCGUAUUACAGAGGACCAAUGGAAGAUCAUUCAGGUGGGAAGAAGACAGAUGGGGAAUCAGAUGGGGGAGAGCAACCAAAACUGCUGCUCAAGUCAGGAAAUAUUACUGUAAAGACCUCUGCUGACAAGUCAUUGGUCCGUUCCACUGCCUUCAAGCCUGUGAUUCCCAGGAGUGCAUCCUCCACGGAGACAGGCCACAACAGCCUGGACCACAUCCUCUGUCCUCUGGAGAGAGCCCGGAGUUCAGACAUCAGACACAAGCACGACACCUUCUCAGGGACUCUUUCUGACUCUGGACGUAACUCCAUGUCCAGCCUGCCCACUCACAGCACCAGCGGCAGUCUGAUUGCUUCCACGGGCCCCGUCAGUCACAGUGAAGGCGGCUCAGCUCCCGCACACCGCCUCAGCAAGGGAGCGCUGCCCAACUUCCCUCCAUGGGUCAACGGGAAUAGCACUAACCUUGACUGUAGCUCCAGGCCUGGUUUAAAUAGCACAGAGUUGGACACUGGCUCCCCACAUCCCGCAGAUGAGCCAGGAGCGCUCUCUGAAACUGCGGGUGGGAUCCGGUCCCCCAUUACUACAGAUGAGUCUCUGAUUGAGCGUUUGGAACAGAGGCUGCUGGAGAGAGAGACUGAACUGCAGGAGCUACAGGUGAGUUUUGAAGACAAGGAGGUGGGAACCUGCCAGCUGUUUGAGGAAAGACAGAUGUACUGCUCUGAGGAGAUGGAGGGGCUGAAGCAGCGAUGCUCCACAAAGCUUCGCCAAGUGUCCCACAUGGCUGCGAAAACCCAGCAAGCCCUCCAGCUGCAGGUCAGCCAGCUCCAGGCUGAGAAGGAGAGGCUUCAGCAGGAUGUUACAAAGCUCACACAAGAGAGGGAUCGUGUGGAGCUCAGACUGAGGUGUUAUGCGACAGAGAGUACGCAGCUCGCUCCAACACUUGAGGAGACUCAAUGGGAGGUGUGCCAGAAGUCAGGAGAGAUCUCCCUGUUGAAGCGGCAGCUCAGAGACUGCCAGACAGACGUCCAACACAAGCUGAACGACAUCGUCAGCCUCAAGGCUUCGCUGAAGGAAAACACGGCAAAGAUGGAUAUGCUCGAGAGACAGAACAAAGACCAUGAGGAGAAACUUCACUGUCGCACCAGAGAGGUGGAGGUGUGCGAAAAUGAACUCCAGCGCAAGAAGAAUGAGGCCGAUUUGCUGAGAGAGAAAGCUGGAAAACUGGAGCAAGACAUUCAGGGAAUGAAACAGGAUCUGGCCAGGGCCAAAGAGCAAAGGCAGAACAGUUUGCCACCAGAGGCCCAGACUCAGGACUCGGAGAGACUGAACCAAGGCUCAGACUCCCCCACCAAGGGCCAGGGCGAGGAGAACAACAGACAAACAUCCACCCUCCAGAGGGAAGUGGAGAGAAUGAAGCAGCAGCUCAUGGAGGAGAAGGACACUCAGGAGAAACUGUCCGGUAGCUUUGAGCAGGAGAGGCUCACUUGGAACAAGGAGAAAGACCGAGUCAUCAAGUACCAGAAGCAGCUGCAGAUCAACUACCUGCAGGUGCACAAGAAGAACCAGGACCUGGAGCGGAUCCUGAAGGAGCUGACGGCCGAGCUGGAGAGCCGGACGGAGCUCGGCAUGGACAUCAACUACAGCUCAGGGUUACAGACUUACGACGACGUUAUUGCCACGGAGAUUUGAUGGGAACACUCACAUGUUGAGUGAAAGUGAACAAAGCACUAUUUCUUUCACCACAGAUAUUUAUGAUAACAGCUGGACUUCCUUCACUGCCUACUAGUGUUUUACACGGGUUAUUUAAUAGAAUGAGCAUAGUGUAUUUUGUGUCCAGGAGACAGAAGAAAAUAUCUGUUUGUGAUGACACUGUCAGUACUUGUUUACUAUGAAAAGGAUGUGUGCCAAGAUGAUCAAGCAAAACUUCUUAAGUAUGACACAAAAAUAAGAAUAUAAGAAAAUUAAAUAAGUGAAGUAAAAAGGGUAUAACUUGCAAACAAAUUAAUUCGUUUAUCCUGUAAAAUAUUGUUUUUCCCUUUUUUUUAUAAUAUAUGUUUUUGUUUACAGUUCCCUUACACUACUUGUUAAGUUAUUACAUUUCACUUUUGAGAUGACUGUUCUUGCUUCACUGAAUUUGGUUUUCUCUUGAAUUCUUAGUUUUGCUUGAUACUUCAGAAGCGUUGCUUGAUUUUAUUGGCACAAACAUAAUUCCUUAGUUUAGGGUAAGUUUUUACCAUGAUGUCUAACAAGAGAACUCAUCAUUUGGAUAACUUAUCAUGUAGAAUUUGGUCAAUGACACGUGGAUGACGAGCUGAUGUAUCUGUUACAUGAUUAACGCCUAAUGGUAACACAUGAUAAGCAUGACAGUGACGUAUCAUCUGUGAGUCUUAACAAACAUUUCGUUGUUUAUACACAUGACUGUAUGCAUGGAACAUAGAUAUAAGCCAUUUUAUGAGCCAUCAAAACAAAACACAUGUCUUUAUGAUACAAAUAUUUGUUAUACCCACACAAAUGUAAAAGGAAAUGUGUUUUACACUUCACACAACAUUCUAAAAUCAUAUAAACUGUCAUGCAUUGUCACCCCUUACAUUCAAUUCAAAAGUGAGGAUCUUAUUCAAAGUGCACUAUAGUGAAGUAGAUAUAUUUUAAUAAAUCAUAUGAAUGUCA